AAGAUAAACAGUUUUCUCGGCAGGUUUAUUUUUCCAUCCUUGUUCAUGCCGCUUCUUCUUUUGUCCUCUCUUUUUUCAGCUGGCUUUUCCUUCCUUUUCCACUGUUCUUGCCCUUGCCUCUCCAGCUGCCUUUCCCUAACUUUUCUGCAGGUUUCCAAUGGCUCUGUUAUCACACAUGUCUUGCUUUUCCAAGAACAACACUCGGGGAUUUCUGUUUGGGCUUUGAAAAAGCCCUCCUGUUCAUGUAGCGCAUCUGGACAUUUAGGUAGAACUUUUUAAUGGAGAUGUUCACACGCCAAAGCAGCAUCCCUCAGGCAGCAGAUGUGUGUCAGCACCUCCGGUUUAACUGGGGGAAGACUGAAGCCCUGAGAAGAGAAAUCCAUUGCCAAAAGUUGUACGCAAAGCCACGGGCAGGUCCGGCAGUAGACGUGGAAAUCACAUUUUGGAUGAUGGUUGCAGGCCCGAAUCCCGCAUCUGGACAGUGAUGUUGCUGCUGGGGACGUGUCUGCUGUACUGCGCCCGCGUCACCGUGCCCAUCUGCGCCGUCGCGCUGAGCACCCACUUUGACUGGGACAAGAAGCAGUCUGGCAUUGUGCUCAGCAGCUUCUUCUGGGGCUACUGCUUGACACAGAUUAUCGGAGGACAUAUCAGUGACCAAAUAGGAGGUGAGAAAGUCCUCCUUCUCUCAGCAUCAGCCUGGGGGUUCCUCACGGUCCUCACCCCACUGCUCACCCACAUCACUUCUGCCCAUCUUGUUUUUAUGACCUCCUCCAGGUUCCUCAUGGGGUUGCUGCAAGGGGUGUAUUUCCCAUCUCUGGCCAGCCUGCUGUCCCAGAAGGUCCGAGAGAGCGAGCGAGCCUUCACCUACAGCACAGUGGGGACUGGCUCACAGUUUGGGACGCUGGUGAUUGGUGGUGCAGGAUCUCUCCUCCUGGACUGGUACGGCUGGGAGAGUGUUUUCUACUUCUCUGGUUUGCUCACGUUGCUCUGGGUUUACUGCACCUGCAAAUACCUCCUGAGUGAGAGAGAACUCAUCAUCCCCAUAGAUUAUUUAAUGAGAGGCCUCUCCAUAUCCAAGCAGACCAAAGUUCCCUGGAAGCAGCUAUUUAAGAAGGCACCGAUAUGGGCUGUCAUCAUCGCUCAGCUUUCUACGGCCAGCACGUUUUUCACUCUCCUUUCCUGGCUGCCAACUUUCUUUAAGGAAACUUUCCCCGAGUCAAAGGGAUGGGUGUUUAAUGUGGUCCCCUGGCUGGUUGCAAUUCCAACAAGCUUGUUCAGCGGAUUUCUGUCUGAUCAUUUAAUCAACCAGGGGUACAGAACCAUCACCAUUCGUAAGUUUAUGCAGGUCAUUGGCUCCGGCAUCUCAAGCAUUUUUGCUUUGUGUCUGGGCCAGACAUCCAGUUUUUGCAAAGCAAUAGUGUUUGCCUCUGCCUCUGUUGGACUUCAGACCUUUAACCACAGUGGGAUUUCAGUAAACGUUCAGGAUCUGGCCCCCUCGUGUGCUGGCUUACUGUUCGGUGUUGGGAAUACAGGUGGAGCCCUUCUAGGUGUCAUUUGCGUGUACUUGGCUGGCUACCUGAUUGAGACAACUGGCUCCUGGAUUUCUGUUUUCAACCUGGUGGCUGCUGUUAACGGCAUUGGCCUCUGUGCAUUCCUCAUGUUUGGUGCGGCCCAGAGGGUGGAUACAGACUCUGCAUAUGUGGACCUGUAGAGACAAGGCCAGCGAGCAGCGGAAGGACAGGAGAGUGUCACGUCUACGUGUCAUUGUUGCACAAGUGCCAAAGAAGUUUUUUUAAAGGUUUGACAGGGAAAAAAGUACUGAGACUAAGUACAUAAUGGGUCUGAACGAAACCCAUGGGAGAAAAGAUAUCUAGAGUUUGUUUUUUGCUCAGGGUGUAGCUGAUGGUGUAGAGCCAUCCAGCUCAACAUCUCCAGUGAGGGUACAGUCCACAAUGGGUUUGUCUAGUGGACAAAUAUCCACGUGGCUAAAGCGUCUCACCCAGCUUGCCUCCAAAGGGAGCCACGGUUUGUGUGCUGUGCCCUGGAGCAGUCACUUGCUGACGGGAGCUGCUUCGCCGUGCCAGGAGCAGGUCCCUCCAUGCUCUGCUGUCCUGUGACCACAGUGAAGGCAGCCGGCUCUCAGGCUGCCAUGCGACACACCUCCUUUGAACUACAUGAAAGGAACCACCUGAAUGAACGUACCUCUGACCUUAACCCUCCCUCAUGUGCCUUCAUUUUGCGGUCUGCUCUACAGGUAGAAGCCAGGUGUGCAAGAGGACGCGUUGUGAGAUGAGUUCAAGGCUUCCCUUCAGGGAAAGUCUUCUGGAUGGAUGUCAACUAUGAACCCAAGGGCAUGAGGUUGCAUCAAUACUGCUUUCACCAUGCCGGAGCUGAGCCAGGAGGCUGCAGAGCAGACUGCUCAAACCAGCUGAGAGCCCCUUGUUGCUCAAGAGUCGAGCUCAAGGCUCCCUCCUCUCCGGGCUCACUUCACUCCAGCCCUGAGCAAAGACAGACCACCUCUAGCAUGAGAGCAGAGGGAAACUUGCAGUCACCAGGCUUAGCUGGGCUGACCUCGCCGUGCAGGUGCAGCCGAGGAAUCCCCUGGGAGCUGUUUUGCCAUGUGCUGUGAAUGUAUAGGAAGAACAGGUCAUGUUCUGUGCUGUGGAUCUAUACUCUCACAUGCUUUCUGCUUGAUUAGACAUGUUCUCCGUGUGCUCUCAAAGGAGCAUGGGAGAACUUUCCAAAGAGCCUGCAGUGGGCAGGUUGGGUUUUGUUUCUACUUUAAGCAUAAAGCUAAUUUCUGCAUUGGGUAUCCAUAGUAUUGGAUGUGGAUUUUUGCUGUUCCCCAUGUCAGAGGGAAACACUUGGCUGUCCACGCCUCUGAGACUGAAUGUCUUAAGUUAUUUAUAAAUAUCUUUAAAUUUAAGUACCAAAUUCUAUAUUUUAUGUACUUGAGGCCUGAUUCUGCAUGCUUAUGUUGAGUGGUACUCCCACCAGAACCCACACUAUUUCUAGACGGGAAGGAUUUACCAGCCUAGGGUUUCUGGUUUUGUAGAAUCUAUUUUAAAUGUGACAUUUCAUAUUGAAGCAAUUUAUUGCUUUUCCUCCCACCCCUUACUUGCAGUCUGAAAGGUUCUUUUUGAUUUCUCUAGUGCUUACCAGAAAGCUUCAGCUGAGACUUGGGAGCAGAUUUCCCAAGGGACCACACAGUGCAGGAGAAUUAUUGAUUCAGAUUCGUUGUCCUUAAAAAAAAAAUAAUUAUUCCCUGUUUCUCCUUUUUUUUUUUUUUGGCCAAAUUUCUUCUUGGAAGGUAUGUUGGAGCUCUGUUAAGUUUC